AUGGAAUCAUCACAAGUCUUGAGUCUAGUGAAACCUUUACAGGGCCUGCCUACCAAAGCCGAUGCAUACCCCGAGGCGGUCCAGUUAACGAUCAGUCUUGCAUAUUUGUUCCAGCGACACGUUGCAAACGACAACUGCCAUGAUGCGAUCCUCGACGCUAUCAACAUCUGGGGUUAUUUGUGCAAAGAAGACGCAUUGUGCUCGACUGGACGCACAGAAGACGCAAUAUUGCGCCUCCGGAUGGAAAGUUCGAUGCAAGCCAUGGGAAUCGAAAUUACGAACGGUGUCGUUGGUUCAGUGCCCUUGAAUGCAAGCAACAGGCACAAAAAAGCCAAAGGCAUUCAAAAGAGGGCCUCAGAAGGUCAUCGCUCCCGCAAGACCCCAGCCCUGGGCCGAAAGAUGGAUCCUUGGCCAUCGCACGCCAUACACUUUCUAAAGUACCUGGGUCAAUUUCUCCGCAGUGUGGUGGCUCUAUGCCAGGCAGAAGCGAGGAGAACGUUGACACGCAACACACGCAGUGACUUGGAGGAGCUUGUCCGGUGCCCACCAUCGCAAGUAGGACACAACGGAAUGGGUUUCAGCUACCUCAUGGUAAUUGAGGACUCGUCGGAUGAGGACAAAGAGCCUAUUACCGAGGAGGAUGGUUUUUCUCAGGCAACAUUGCCCACUGCGGGGAUGAGGCUUCCUUUUGAUGGGACUCUGAGCUCACUAUCGAAUUCAACGCUCAGUGAAAUAAGCACAACACACGGCGGUUCUUCACCGCCUUCUAGUGGAUACAAUCUUUACGAUCAGUGGCUGGGAAAUGAGUUCGUCAUGUCUCCAACCCCCUUUCCGGAUAGUGAGAGCGUGGUAGGCUGGGGCUCCCAAGAAAAUACGUGUGUGGAGCAGAUGCCGGUGGGCGGGGAAGAAUGA